AUGGACUGCGCAAGCGCUGGAACUGCUGCGGGGAUUGACCCCAAAAUUUUGGAUAAUUGGCAAACUGACGGCGCCUUCUCUGUCGGGUCGUGGGAACACCUGGGAUACGACCAACCGCCCGAGUGGGAUACCAGUCAGGAAUCGAGCCAGUGUGCCGAUGUCGCCGACCUGGGCGCUUUCCAUGAUCCGCUGACGGGAUCACUGCUGGAUCGAUCGGGUGAUAUCCAGAAUAGGUGCGCAUUCGCUUUCCGUCGUCGCCCGCUCGCUCGCGGGAUCGAGGUCGAUUGUCGUGAGGGGUUGAGAAGAGAAGAUGAGACUAACCCAUUACGGCGUCACAGAAAGCGCGAUGUGACGAACGAUAAAUACAAUUACGCCGAUGGCCCGGUCGAGGGCACUGGCAGUGGUACUAUCAGCCCUCGUACCAUCCCGUCGUCCACCGACGACAACUUCCAUACCGACGAACCGUGGCCGCACUUCCAACUCUUCAACUCCGUGGCCGCCGGGAUGUCCCUGGAAGCACCGGUGAUGUUCCCCUACGGUAAAGGCCCAAACAACUCCGCCGGCGCCGUGAUUGUCGACGACGUGGGCGAGAUGCCGCAGGGUCAAGGAUUUCCGGAUGCCUCGGCGGAGGCGAUCAUGUUUCAGCAGGUGCCUCCGUCGUUUCCGAUGAUGGAACAAUGGCCCGAGAUCCCGCACGGCAUCUCGACGGAGAACAUGCCGGGCCAAGGCUCCGUGCCGCUGGCAAUGAACUCGCAGAACAACGCCAAGGAGCAAUUCCAGCCGUCGAUGCGGUCUCUCGAGUCACGAUGGAUCAACAAUCUGGAAUCGCAGUUGCCAGUGACCCAGAUGACGACGCCGCCUACCUCGUUGCAAACAUCGCCGGCCCCGCAACCCCUGCAAGAUUGCUUCCAGUUCAAGUCUGAGAACUCUUCUGUCGCUGGAGAUAUGUCUGGUAUCUACGAGUACCAGUACUCGAGUGACGAUGCCCCGGCCUUUGCGGACCGUCAGCUGGAGGACGAUGCGCAAUGGAAAAUUGCGACUCCCGACCACAGUUCCCCGGAGUCGUCUGUCCCCGGCACUACUGCCUUUAUGGUCAGCGAGACCCCGUCAGAUUCCGUGAUCAACAACAAUCCCUCAAGAUCUCGGGCUUCUUCGUCUGCGGGUCAUCGGGCUUCUGGCCGACCCAUGCCUCUUGCGAUGCAAUCCGUGGCUACGAUCCGCAAGCGCAAAAACCGGAACCCUCAGUCCAUGGACCAGGGCCAGCCUAAGCCUUUGCAGAUUGUUCAAGAGGAUGGUCAAGGUGGCUCCAUUGCGUCGGCCGAUUUUGUUUCUCCUCCACGCGGUGCUCGCCGCAAGGGUCCGCUGAGUAUGGUCGGUCGGGCUAAUGCUGGUAUGCGCCGCAAGAAUAAGGAUACCUGUGUUCAAUGUCGACUGAAUAAGCGCAAGUGUGAUGGAAGCUCGCCUUGCGAUGCCUGUCGUCCUACUCUUCACGAACAGCCCUGUGCUCGUGCUUGCUUCUCCAGCAUUGUCGAAUUCGGAACAUGCAACUAUAUCUCUCAACGAGCUGUCAACCACCCUACUCUUGACGGCACUGCUCGAGUUCGAAUGGAAAUCCCGACCGAGUUUGACAUGACCCAGCUCCUAUCAUUCCUCUCCGAGCGCCAGGGUCGGUUCAACAUCCGUGCCAGCCAGGCUUGGGGCUCUUUAUAUGUUCUCGAUCUUGGUGAGACGUACAAGUUCUUGAAGAGCUUGAGUGAAUAUAACGGCAAUUCCAAGUCGACCUUUUUGGAGUUCAUUGACCGCCGCAUCGUCGAGUCCAAGGACAAGUCAAAGAACUGGUUGACCUGUGUUAAGGAUUGCGACCCGAUGAACCAGGCAUACACAUUGCUUUCGCAAUGGAACAACAUGCCCAGCCGCGCAAGAUACACCUUCGUCCCACUCGACGAAAACGGCCAAGAACGUUCAAUGGACAUCAACAACCCAGAAGACCGCCGCGACAUCCUGCUCGCCGCCCAACUCUCCCGCAUCGUCUGCCGCAUGAUGGAAGUCGAAGGCUUCCGCAAACUCGAACGCGACUUCUACAACAUCAAAUGGAAACAAAUAUCGCACGAGACACACAUCCGCUUCCUCAACGAGCUCGGCCACAUCCUCCUCUCGCUGCGCUGGCGCUGCUCCUGGUGGAAGCGCCUGGGCGACGGAGGCCAAAGCCCCGAUCCAACGCAGCAGCACUAUGUCGACCGCGUCGAGCUGCUCUGCCGCAUUCUAUACGUUUACUACACCUGCGUCCUUGCCAAGCUGCCUUCAUGGUCCACCAGCGAUGUACCGAAGGGAACUUGGUCUUCGUAUGCGGACUCGGAGAACGCAGUUUGGGACGACUUCCCCUCGGACCCAUCUGAUGCUGGCUUUCAAUCUUGGAUGGACCGGGGACAGGAAUUGAUCGAGCAGGCUGGUGUGCGUGUACCCAGCCAGAUCUCGAAAUUCUGA